GAUCCAAUACACUUAGUUUGCCAGCUCUUCAAGAGUACUUACUCUUCGAGCCUGCUGCUGCUGCCACUGCCUGAAAGGACCUGAAAUACCACACAGGGAAUUUUGAUUUCUUCUGGGGAACCAGGGAAAGAAAAGAAGAAAGGCAGGAAAACUCAUCUGGAGAUUGUGAAGAAGACAUACAGUAAUAGCAAGAAGUGACAAGCUCUUUCCUUCUUGAACGCUGAAAAAGACCUCGUUUCUCUGCCAGGUGUAUGGGACUUAGAUUCUGGAAGCACUGCACUGAACUGUUAAAGGUAAACUAUGACCACUUUACUAUUAGUGUUUGUGUGUUUGCAAGUCAUCACCGCAGCCACCUCUGUGGAGCUCUCAGACAGUAGUGAUGGCCUGGAAGUCAAGAUACCUGAGCAGUCUCCCCUGCGUGUUAUCCUGGGAAGCUCCCUGAACAUCCCCUGUUACUUCAACAUCCCAGAGGAACAGGACACCAGUGCUCUGCUAACCCCAAGGAUCAAAUGGAGCAAGCUCUCCAAUGGAACCGAAGUUGUCUUGCUAGUGGCCACCGGUGGGAAAACCCGGCUCAACACCGAGUACAGGGAGGUGAUCUCUUUGCCCAACUAUCCCGCCAUCCCCACCGAUGCCACUUUGGAAAUCAAGGCACUGAGAUCCAACCAUACUGGGAUUUAUCGCUGUGAAGUGAUGUACGGGAUUGAGGACAGACAAGACACAAUAGAGGUCCUAGUGAAAGGCGUUGUAUUCCACUACAGAGCAAUCUCCACAAGGUACACCUUGAACUUUGAGAAAGCAAAGCAGGCCUGUAUCCAGAACAGCGCUGUCAUUGCUACUCCCGAGCAGCUGCAAGCUGCCUACGAGGAUGGGUACGAGCAGUGUGAUGCUGGCUGGCUGGCUGAUCAGACUGUCAGGUACCCCAUCCACUGGCCCCGGGAGCGCUGCUACGGUGACAAGGAUGAAUUUCCAGGAGUGAGGACCUACGGUGUCCGUGAGCCAGAUGAAACCUAUGAUGUUUACUGCUAUGCAGAGCAAAUGCAAGGUAAAGUCUUCUACGCCACCGACCCCGAGAAGUUCACCUUCCAAGAAGCUUUUGACAAGUGCCGCAGUUUGGGAGCCCGUUUGGCCACCACGGGGGAGCUGUACCUGGCCUGGAAGGACGGCAUGGAUGUGUGCAGUGCUGGCUGGCUGGCCGAUCGCAGUGUCCGCUACCCCAUCUCCAGAGCACGGCCCAACUGCGGAGGGAACCUGGUGGGAGUGCGCACGGUGUACCUGUACGUCAACCAAACCGGGUACCCUCACCCCGACUCUCGCUACGAUGCCAUCUGCUAUAGUGGGGAUGACGUUGAGACUCUGGUGCCAGGGCAGUUCAUCGACGAGACUGGAAGCGAGCUGGGCAGUGCUUUCACUGUGCAGACCGUCACCCGGACAGAGGUGGAGCUGUCACUGCCUCGCAAUGCCACGGAGGAGGAGGCCCGCGGCAGCAUUGCCACGCUGGAGCCUAUGGACAUCACCCCUACUGCCACCGAGCUCUACGAGGGCUUCACUGUCCUGCCCGAUCUCUUUGCCACCAGUGUCACAGUAGAGACAGCUGCCCCAGAGGAGGAGAACGUGACCAGGGGGGAUGUGACAGGGGUAUGGGCUGUACCUGAACAGGUCACCACCGUCACCUUAGGCACUGCCAUCACCACCGAAAUGGCAGAGGUGAGCACGGUGGAAGAGGUCGUGGAGGUGACUGCCACACCAGGACUAGAGUCUGCUUCAGCACUGACAGUGGAAGAUCAGCUUGUGCAAGUGACAGCAGCCCCUGGUGUCGGUCUCAUCCCCAAGCAGCCUAUCUCCCCUACGGGUGUGGUGUUUCACUACCGUGCUGGCACCAGCAGAUACGCCUUCUCCUUCGUCCAAGCCCAGCAGGCCUGCCUGGAGAACAACGCAGUUAUCGCCACUCCAGAACAGCUCCAGGCUGCCUAUGAGGCUGGGUUUGACCAGUGCGAUGCCGGCUGGCUGCGGGACCAGACAGUCAGGUAUCCCAUUGUGAACCCCCGAAGUAACUGUGUAGGAGACAAAGAGAAUUCUCCAGGCGUACGGUCGUACGGCAUGCGCCCAGCCUCAGAGGCCUAUGAUGUGUACUGCUACAUCGACAGGCUCAAGGGAGAGGUGUUCUUUGCAACCCAGCCAGAGCAGUUCACCUUCCCAGAAGCUCAGCAGUACUGUGAGAGCCAAAACGCCACGCUAGCCUCUGUUGGCCAACUCCACGCCGCCUGGAAGCAGGGUCUGGACAGAUGCUAUGCUGGCUGGUUAGCCGAUGGCAGCCUCCGCUAUCCCAUUGUGAGCCCCCGUCCUGCCUGCGGUGGGGAUGCACCUGGAGUGAGAACCAUCUACCAGCACUACAACCGGACGGGCUUCCCCGACCCACUGUCCCGGCAUCACGCCUUCUGCUUCAGAGCUCUGCCGCCUGCGGAGGAGGAAGGGGUCACCUCAUUCUUUGAAGAAGAUAUGCUGGCAACCCAAGUGAUCCCUGGAGUGGAGGGGGUACCCUCUGGGGAGGAGGUGACUGUGGAGACAGAGUUUGCCACUCAACCUGAGAAUCAGACAGCCUGGGGGACCGAGGUCUUUGCAACCGAUGUGUCACUGCUCUCAGUGACCCCAUCUGCUUUUCCUCCUGCUACAGUAAUACCAGAGGAAACACAUACAGAUGCUUCUGUCAGUGAAGUGUCAGGGGAGGUGACUGAAUCUGGAGAGCAUCAAGUCAGUGGUGAAUCUUCAGCAUCUGGGUGGGUAUCUGGAGUCCCGGAUACAAGUGGAGAACCAUCUUCUGGAGUUUUUGGACUUGGUGGAGAACACUCAGGGAUAGGAGAAAGUGGAUUACCAUCAGUAGACCUGCAUACCAGCGGCUUUCUGCCUGAAGAAAGUGGGCUACCCUCAGGGGACCUGAGCGGCGUGACUUCUGGAAUUGUUGAUAUCAGUGGCUUAUCUUCUGCAGAGGGAGAUAUUUCGGUGUCUACUUCCAGGAUACCAGAAAUCAGUGGGAUGCCAUCUGGAGUGGAAAGCAGUGGGCUGCCUUUUGGAUUUAGCGGAGAAACAUCUGGCACUGAACUAGUCAGUGGUGUGUCGUCUGGAGAAGAAAGUGGACUUGCCUCUGGUUUUCCUACGGUCUCUCUUGUGGAUACCACAUUGGUGGAAGUUGCAACAACAGCACCGGAACGGCGAGAGGAGGGAAAGGGAUCCAUCGGAGUCAGUGGUGAAGGAGAUCUGUCAGGGUUCCCAUCCACUGAGUGGGACACCAGUGGCAGAGCCCAAGGCUUACCCUUAGGAGAAGAGCUCAGCGGGGAGCCCUCUGGAGGGCCUGAGCUCAGGGGGGAACCUUCUGGGGUACCCGAGCUCAGCGGGGAGCCCUCUGGAAGGUCUGAGCUCAGCGGGGAGCCUUCUGGGGUACCUGAGCUCAGCGGGGAGCCCUCUGGAAGGUCUGAGCUCAGCGGGGAGCCUUCUGGGGUACCUGAGCUCAGCGGGGAGCCCUCCGAAGGGUUUGAGCUCAGCGGGUUGCCCUCAGGACUGGAUGUCAGUGGAGAGCCAUCUGGAAUACAUGAGAUCAGUGGCCUGGUGGACUUAAGUGGCUUUACUUCUGGUACCGAUGGAAGCGGUGAGGCCUUGGGCAUUACUUUUGUAGAUGCCAGUUUGGAGGAAGUGACCACAACCCCCUCAGUUACUGGAGCAGAAGCAAAAGAGAUCUUGGAAAUCAGUGGAUUGCCUUCAGGAGGUGAACAUGCAUCAGGCAUGGCAUCCGGGAGCUCAGACAUCAGUGGUGAGCCUUCCGGGCAUGUGGACUUUGGUGGGAGUGUUUCUGGAGUGCUUGAGAUUAGCGGGCAUCCGAGUGGAGUGAUCGACAGCAGUGGAGAAGUCUCUGGAGUUGAUGUCACCAGUGGGUUACUGUCUGGAGAGGAAAGCGGGCUCGCCUCUGGCUUUCCCACAGUCUCUCUUGUGGAUACCACUUUGAUGGAAGUUGUAACACAGACGUCAGUUGCACAAGAAGUGGGAGAAGGGCCAUCUGGGGUAAUAGAAAUCAGUGGAUUUCCUUCUGGAGACAGAGGACUAUCUGGAGAAGGGUCUGGAGUCGUGGAGACUAGUGGGUUUCCUUCCGGGACAGGAGACUUCAGUGGAGAGCCAUCCGGGAUUCCAUACAUCACUGGAGACAUUCCUGGAGCCACAGAUCUAAGUGGCCAAUCCUCAGCAGUGACUGAUGUUAGUGGGGAAGCCUCAGGGCUUCCAGAAGUCACUUUGGUCACUUCUGACUUAGAAGAAGUUGUGACAAGACCAACAGUAUCACAGGAACUGGGUGGGGAAACAGCCGUCACGUUCCCCUACGGUUUUGGGCCAAGUGGUGAGGCCUCUGCAUCUGGUGAACUAAGUGGGGAAACAUCUGCAUUGCCAGAAAGUGGUGUAGAAACAUCAACAGCUUAUGAAAUCAGUGGUGAAACACCUGCAUUUCCUGAAACUAGCAUAGAAACAUCUACGAUUCAAGAAAUCAGUGGCGAAACAUCUGCAUUUCAUGAAACUAGUGUAGAAACAUCCACGAUUCAUGAAAUCAGUGGGGAGACAUCUGCCUUUCCUGAAUUUAGCAUAGAAACAUCAACAAUCCCAGAAAUCAGUGGGGAAACAUCUGCAUUUCCUGAAGUUUUCAUAGAAACAUCCACAAGUCAAGAAGCUAGGGGUGAGACGUCUGGCUAUCCUGAAAUCAGCAUAGAGACAUCCACAGCUCAAGAAGUAAGUGGGGAAACCUCUGCGUUUCCUGACAGCACAGAAACAUCCACAAUACAAGAAAUCAGUGGGGAAGCAUCUGCAUUUCCUGAGAUUAGAAUAGAAACAUCCACAAGUCAAGACAUCAGUGGGGAAACAUCUGCAUUUCCUGAAAUCAGAAUAGAAACGUUCACAAGUCAAGAAGCCAGGGGUGAGACGUCUGGCUAUCCUGAAAUCAGCAUAGAAACAUCCACAGUCCAUGAAACCAGUGGGGAAAUAUCUGCCUUUCCUGAGAUUAGCAUACAAACCUCAACAGUCCAUGAAAUCAGUGGAGAAACAUCUGCCUUUCCUGAAAUUACCAUAGAAACUUCGACAGUCCAUGAAAUCAGUGGAGAAACAUCUGCCUUUCCUGAAAUUACCAUAGAAACUUCGACAGUCCAUGAAAUCAGUGGAGAAAGUUCUGCGUUUCCUGAAAUCAGAAUAGAAACAUCCACAAAUCAAGAAGCCAGGGGUGAAACCUCUGCCUAUCCAGAAAUUACUAUAGAAACAUCCACAGUCCAUGAAACCAGUGGGGAAAUGUCUGCCUUUCCUGAAAUAAGCAUAGAAACCUCUACGGUCCAUGAAACCAGUGGAGAAACACCUGUAUUUCCCGAAAUCAGCAUAGAAACCUCGACAGUCCAUGAAACCAGUGGAGAAACACCUGUAUUUCCCGAAAUCAGCAUAGAAACCUCGACAGUCCAUGAAACCAGUGGAGAAACACCUGUAUUUCCUGAAAUCAGCAUAGAAACUUCGACGAUCCAUGAUGUUAGUGGAGAAACCUCUGCCUUUCCUGAAAUUAGCAUAGAAACUUCGACAGUCCACGAAAUCAGUGGAGAAACAUCUGCCUUUCCUGAAAUUAGAAUAGAAACAUCCACAAGUCAAGAAGCCCGAGGUGAACCAUCUGCGUUUCCUGAGAUCAACAUAGAAACUUCCACAGUCCAUGAAAUCAGUGGGGAAACAUCUGCAUUCCCUGAGAUUAGCAUAGAAACACCAACGAGUCAAGAAGCCAGGGGUGAAACAUCUGCCUAUCCUGAAAUUAGCAUAGAAAAAUCCACAGUUAAAGAAGUAAGUGGGGAAACCUCUGCAUUUCCUGAAAUCAGAAUAGAAACAUCCACAGACCAAGAUGCCCGGGGUGAAACAUCUGCACUUCCUGAGACCAGCAUAGAAACAUCCACAGUCCACGAAAUCAGUGGAGAAACAUCUGCAUUUCCUGAAAUCAGCAGAGAAACAUCCACGGUCCAUGAAACCAGUGGAGAAGCAUCCACAUUGCCUGCUGCUAACAUCGAUACAGCUGCUACAUCUUUGGCCAGUGGUGAUCCCACUGGUGCUCCCGAGGAGAAGGAAAUUCCUGACGCAAUAUCUGGAUCUGUGACGCACUCACUUGCAGGCAUUGCAGGGGAAAGCUCUGUCCCAGACAUUGUAAUUAGUACCAGUGCUCCAGAUGUGGAACCAGCACAGGGACCCAGGAACUCUGAAGAGGCUCAGCUCGAAAUAGAGCCCUCCCCUCCUGCGGUGUCAGGACAAGAGACGGAGGCAGCCGUUGUUCUAGACAAUCCCCAUCUGCUGGCCACCGCUACUCCUGCCUUGCCUCAAGUCCCACAAGAAGCAAUAGACACGUUAGGACCCACUACAGAAGACACUGAUGAGUGCCACUCAAGCCCCUGUCUGAAUGGAGCUACCUGCGUUGAUGGCAUCGACUCUUUCAAAUGCUUAUGCCUUCCCAGCUACGGAGGGGACCUGUGUGAGAUCGACCAGGAAAACUGUGAGGAAGGUUGGACCAAGUUCCAGGGCCACUGCUACAGGCACUUUGAAGACAGGGAGACUUGGAUGGAUGCAGAGGCCAGAUGCCGACAACAUCAAGCCCACCUGAGCAGUAUCAUCACCCCAGAGGAGCAAGAAUUUGUGAACAGCCAUGCACAGGACUACCAGUGGAUUGGUCUCAGUGACAGAGCUGUGGAGAAUGAUUUCCGCUGGUCUGAUGGGCACUCCCUGCAAUUUGAGAACUGGCGGCCCAACCAACCCGAUAACUUCUUCGCGGCGGGUGAGGACUGCGUGGUGAUGAUCUGGCAUGAGCAAGGCGAAUGGAACGACGUUCCCUGCAACUAUCACCUCCCUUUCACCUGCAAGAAAGGAACAGUGGCCUGCGGGGACCCUCCCGUGGUGGAGAACGCCAGGACCUUUGGUCGGAAGAAGGACCGCUACGAAAUCAACUCCAUGGUGCGAUACCAGUGCAACCAAGGCUACAUCCAGCGCCACGUGCCCACGAUUCGGUGCCAGCCCAACGGGCAGUGGGAGGAGCCGCGGAUAUCCUGCACAAACCCCUCCAACUACCAGCGCAGGCUAUACAAGAGGAGCCCCAGGAGCCGGUCAAAACCCAGCGGCAGAGCCGUGCACAGACCCACCCAUUAGAGCGGGGCCAGAGAGAGACACCGAAAGUGAGAAACAGAGAUUUUUAACGGAACACUUAUAUUAACAGAGUCGAUUUCUCUUCUUCUUGUUGUUGUUGCUUUUUUUUUUUUUGUCAUAUAAGGAAAAACAAAAAUUAUAUUAAAGACAAACCCACCUUUGUGUAUAUGUAUAAAAAACCAAUAAUUAAUGUUUUUUUCCAAGCACCAAAGCAAAGCAAAUUAGAUCUCAGCAUUUUUACUAACCGUCCGGUUCCAAUUAUCUUCGUGCCUUCGGGGACAGGGAGGGGGGUGGGUUUGCAGAGGGCUGGGGGUUAAGUUAAAUAAUAAAGAUGAUUAUUUUUUCCUGAUUUUAUCCACGAACAAUGUAAUUAUUUCUGUUAUUUAAUCUCCGGGGUGAGCAGCACCUUUUUGGGGUUUUAUUUUAUUAUUAUUAUUGUUUUUUUUCCAGAAUCCUCCUACUGCUGCAGCACAUCAGGGCUGGGGGGGGAGGGCCGGGGGCUGUGAUGGAAGGAGCUAUGGGAGGAGGGAGGCGAGGGGAUGCUGAGACCCGGGAGCCGGGUGCUGGGGGCUGCAGCCCCUCUCUGCUUCCCUGCCACCCCCCCCCGUCCUGGGACAACGUGCUCUUUCCAGGGGACCGUGCGGGGCACCAGCGUUCCCUGCACCUAUUUAUAUUUUUGAACAUAUCCUAUUUUGAGAGAAUGAUAAAUAAUAAAGAGAGUGAAAUCGGA